ACUAUACCUUGAUAUUUUUCAUCAUACUUUACUAUGAUAUUUUUUUUAACAUAUUGUACUGACUUGAAAAAAAAAUCACAUCAGGUUUUAAUCCAUUAGGAACGCUACUUCGUUUAGACCUGCAAGAUUUAAAAUGGGUGAAAAUAUGCAAAACAUUUAGGAAAGCAAGAAUGGACUUUCACCAAUAAAUUGUUUGUUUGGUUGGUUGAUUGUUUUUUGUUUUACAUCGGUGUGGUUUUUUUUUUCAUCUAAAUGCACAUUUUGCUGGCUAGCACUUUGAAGAAACUUCAUGUUGACAGCGAAGGCACCACGACUGACACUUAAUCAACAUUUUGGACAUUCAUAAAGAACGUUGGGUUCGAUUACUCCAACAAAAUGAUUUACUACGAUGGUUUUGAUGUCAGUAUCCAGUCAUGUGUAAGAAUAAAAUCUUUAGUUAUAAGAAAUAGUUGUAUUGUGCUCUUUGACCCACGGUGAACUGUCCCUUUAAUUCGGGGGCAGAGGCAGUUCGUGGGAUUACUGUCCGCAAACACUGAUCUGCGCAUGCGCAAUAUGCAUGGCAACACUUUGGGGCAGUGAAGAAGACGAGGGUUUGCCUAUGCGCAUUUUGGGGACGACGAACGGUGAGUAGUAGUUGUUUGAGUGAUUAAUAUUCUAAAAUGACUUAAAUUUAAGCUUGUUAUAUGCAACAGAGGUCCUUCUUUCGACCUCUGUCGCUGGCUCCGGUCGUCUGAAUCAUGUGUUGCCUGUUAUCACAUCCGUUACUGAAGGCGCUCCAGUCCUACAAAUCAUCACCGGUUGUCAGUACGUGUAGCUUAAACCAGCCUGAACCCGACACACAACACUACCAAUACAGGCACAAGUAGACAUUUGGCAGCCGCAGUGAAGCUAAGCAAACAUAACUUUUAGUCUGAGUGUGUGUAUACUCUCGCUUGUUAUCCGUGUAACGGGGCGGCGGCGCUUUGUUUGUGAUGUGUCCGCCGCUUGCAGUCUAUUCUGGGAAGCUACCAGCAGCAGCAGCAGCAGCAGCAUUCCCGUAACAAAUCCAUGUGUAAGAGUGACCAGCAGCCGCCAUUGGUCACUGCUGCUGUGAUCAAGGAUGCCCCACAUUUACAGCACAGUAAAACGCCUUGUUAGUAAAACGGUAUUAUUAUUUAUCUGCUCUGUUAUAACAUUGACUCCCUGUUUGUUGCUGUAUAUACUUCUCUUUUAAAAUAUUCCUCUGUAUGUAAAACUUUAUUUUUAACAUUACAUCCUUUCUUAAUCUCUGAUGACAUGUAUGGAUCCCAUACCUGUCUGAGAUUAGAUUUAACAUUAGAACAACUACUUAUGAAAACAAAGGAUAGGUAGUAACAUUACAGGGAGAGUCCUUUGUUUACAUAUAUUUGUUUUUCAACAGGCAAAUUACCCCAAACAGACCCGCAGGAAUCAUGGGGAGUGGUAAGUUUAUUUAACACAUCGUCUGCUCUACGCCAAAGGCACAAAAAUGUUUAUGAAGCUGUCAUCUCUCAUCUCUAACCGCAUGAGAAACUCUCCUUAAAUUCUUCUUUCUUUACAUUGAUUUACAUUGUUUGUCAAACACAAUGUAGACGAUGGAAUGUCAUUUUUCAGGUUUUUCUGUCCUCUUAAGUAUACGAUUACUAUCCUCUCCUGAGGGAGUUUCCAGUUUUCCAGCAUUUUGCCUGUGUAUUAGCAUGUGUUGUGCUUCUUGAGUCAUAAGAUGAUCAAAUCGUCGGAUUUGUGAGUCACCUGACAGCCGCCAUUACUUGUUGAAUUAUUUGCACAUCAGACGUUCCCAGAGCAUGCUGUGGUAUCUUUUGUGUAGUUUCUGUAGGAGAGUUUAUGUUGGGGUGUGUGAAACAGAGGGUUACUCUGUCUCACUAAGUUCAUUCCUCCAGUUUCUCUUAUGUGGCCCAGGGAUGGAUGCCUAAAUCAAAGGACCUUUUGUUUUUAUGCAGAAAUGUGGGCUUUGGGCAGCGCUCAACUCAGCUCUGCAGCCUUUGUUUCAGUCCCCACCUCGCUCCCUCUCUCUCCCGUUUUUUGGCUUUUUUUCCAGCAUGUCUAUCCUCCUUUUCUCUAUCUGCCUCACUCCUCUGUCCUUCUCUACUUUGUCUCUUCCCCCCUUCCUCCUCCAUGCUGUUCUGCUCACUGACUCACCCCUCGUUUCCUCUCCCCUCUCUGUUUUCUCUUGCCUUCACUUGUUAUCUUCAGGCAUGCAGGACUUCUUUGUCAUACAUCUCAAGAUCUUACAACCUUUCCCCCCCUCUUGUGUAUGCCUCUCAGUGUUCCUGCCGGCUGACGCGGCCCACUCUGUGCUGCGACGACUGCGCAGGGCCAACUUCUUGUUGGAGGAGAUGAAGCAGGGCAACAUUCAGAGAGAGUGCCGCGAGGAGAUCUGCACCUAUGAGGAGGCCCGCGAGGCCUUUGAGAACGAUGAGAAAACGGUGAGUGAUCCAGACCUGCAGUUCUUCAUGACUGUAAGGCUGAACACAAAGGAAUCGCGUUACAGUCUGUUGAUUGUUUGAUAGAUUUAGGUUAUGGAGUCCUGUGUUUGUAGCUUGUUGGGUUGCUUGAUAAAUAUGACAUCCAAAAACACAAUCGAGUGCAGGGCAGUACAAAAACUUGAACUUAGGGGUUCACAGCUCUAGCUCACAUCCACAAAUUAUCAUUACUGCUGAAUAAUUAGUCGCCCAUUGUAAAAACACAUCCAUACCAAGUACUGUGUUGUAAGGUUCAUGUGUCCAGUAGUGGAAUCCAAGGCCAAGAGUGGUGGCUGUAGGAAUGUGGGUGUUUUUUCAGGAAGUGAUGAUUAUCAGCAGGAAGAACAGCCGAGUGCUUGCUGGAGACAGGGAUGUAUUUGUAAAACCAUUGUGAAAGGCCAGAGAGCAAAGUCACAAUCAUAUAGUCACUGUUUGUUCUGGGGUUGUUGCACACUGCCUUUGUGUUGCAGUAAUCCAGAUAAAAAGUAUUGUGCAGUGGAAGCCCUGUACCCGUGACUCGGUUUUCAAACACUUUUGUUCCCAAGUGUUGACACUGUUUCAGUUUGUAGUUAAACCGCUGAAUUGAUUUUGAUAGUGUUGUGUUUGUCCCCUGACUGGCUGCAGAGACGGUUCUGGGAGGAGUACGUGCGGGAGAGCAGUCCAUCUGGAGGGCUGGAGACGGUGGUAGGCGGAGUUCACUCUCUCUACUUGAUCGUGCCAUUGCUGCUGGUCGUGCUCAUCAUCGCUGCCGUUGCCAUUACUGUGUGGCGCUGCCAUUCCCGCAAACGCUCGCAGCGCAGCCCCAGCCUGGGACGCUCACAUCACGACCAUGUCCUGUCUGUGGUCUCUAUGGACCAUUGGGGGAGAGAUUACCACCAUGGUGACCAUUCAGAACUCAGCGCCCACAGCAGUCCAGCUUAUCCAGGUUCUGAGCUCACAUCAGCGAGGGGAAGUGCUGGGGACCCUCCACCUUCUUAUGAGGAGGCUGUGGGACAUGCAGAUGUCCAAAUAGAGACAGAGCCUCCUCCACAGUACGAGGACAUUGUCAACACGAGUUCUUCUGGUGGCAACGGUUCCCGUGGGAAGUAAACCAGUCUGUAACUACCACCCCAACAAAGCCCUAACCUUCACUAAGAACCUCUAAUCAUUAAGCAGCGCCACUGUUGUGGUAUCACCAGCCUUCCCUUUUCAACACAAACACUAUUAACUGUGUGCUCAGUGGACUAAUGCAAUUUUUGCUGGGGCCAGCGCAGUUGAAAUUUGCACUAACCUUUUCUCAUGAGGUGAAGUGACAGCAAGAAGAAGCAAAGGAUGAUGCAAUACUAAAACCAAGCGACACCUCUGCUGAUUUUACUCAAGUUGCAUCUUUACUGUCACACCGUAGCAAAUCAUUGAACUUGGGUGGACACAACAAAUGAUGCAUGUGGUAUAAGACAAAAUAAUCGGAUUUGCUGAAUGAAGGACUGCUCUUCUAAAAGGGUUUAUACAGAGGUGGACUGAUGCUUCCCCGAAGGUUUGUGCCAAUUCUUCAGACUAAUGUGACAGAUAACAGAUGGUUCCCCUACUUGAAACAUUAGAAGUAGUUAAUUUGAACAAUGUCGUUUGUUCUGACUUUUUUAUAUUGCACAGUUUACCAAAAAGGAAAAUUAGAAUUCAAGAUAAAGAAAAUGUAAAAGGAGAAAAGUGAGAUAAUGUGAAACUUUACCCAGGGAUAGUUUUUUUUUAUUAUUGUAAAGGGACGUCUGAGACUUAAACAUGCUGUGAAUAAUCAGGCUACAGAAGCCACACGGUCAGCACUGUGUCAAAAAGCAGAUUUGUUGUUUUACUCUAGAGUUAUAGACUAUUAGUGACGUAAUUAGAUUAAAAACAUUUAUCUGAGUAAUUUAUAGAUUUUAAACAUUCUUUUGAUGCAGGUUUUCAUUGUCAAGUUGCCAAAUGGAAGCAUCAAUCCACCUCCAGAUUAUACCCAUGAAUGUUUUCUAGUCAAAAUGUUUAAAACUGAAGAUAAGGCCAUCAGUUAUAAAGAGAGGUGCUGACACGUGCUCAUUGUUGGUGUCAUAUGUCUGUAUAUUUUGUACUGCAUGUAGCUUGGCCAGGAAACCUGGUGUUAUACUGAUCUCAGUUUGGUCCACAUCCACCUCUGAGCUUCCCAGAACCUGCUUUUACUGUGAAUAAUUAUUCUUUACCUUUUCCCCUCAAAGCAAAUAUAACCGUGUUGGGAUGUGACUGAAGAGUCUUCACUGAUAGUACGCUGAGGAUUCUUUGUAUAGGUUUGCAGCUUCACUAUAAAUGUAUAUUGUGGGUUGAGCUGCACAGGAUUGUGGGACAGAGAGCAAUAGAAACUGAAGCUACACAGAAAAAGUUAUCAGAGAAAAGAGAUUCUGUAUCUAACCUCAGAUCAUGUAAAUCAUGUGUAAUGUAUAUAGUAAUCUAUAGUCUGUACGAGUGAAAGUGAGAGAUUGUUUUUCACUGCAGAGGAGUGCAGUGAAUGCAUUGAUACUAGUGUAACUACUUAACAGUAGGUUUGGACUAAAUGAAGGCACUUUGUGUUUAAGCUCAAAAUUUGAGCUGUUGGAUGAAAUUAAGGACCAGUUUGGUUUAACACCGUCGACAUCACUCUAGACCACAACAAUGUCACUGUAAUCCUCUCAGAAGUGCUCAUAAUCUUUAUGCAACGUUGCUGCAUACACUCUAAAAACCAAAUAUAUCUGUCUAACAUUUGUGAAUACUGCUAAAUGUAACAUGUCCUGUCUGCACCUCACACACACACACACACUGAGCACUGACUAUUAUCUUUGACUGUUUUGUGAGUUGACCUGUGAACCUCAGCACUUGCUAUGACCUUUAACCCAGUUGUGCUGGUGGAGGGAGCCAUUUUGGUUAGGUCAGUUGUUGUACUGUUAAUUAUAGAGCUCUUUUUUUUUUUUUUUUCUUUCCUUUUUUUUUUUCUUUUUUUACAAUGCCUUAUCAAACAAAAUGUUCUAUAACAUGAAAAUGCAAGGGAACUUGUUAUAAAUCCUUGAUAUGUGCAAAGCUUGGAUUAAUUUGUAAUAAAAUAUUAAAAAUGUGCCAAAAGUUUCCUCAAUUUUAUUACGCAACCAAGAGAAUAUAAAACUUUAAUUUUCUUUGGCAUUAAAAUUAUUCUGUUUGGCAUUAAAAUUAUUCUGUUCAUCUUUA